UAUAUAAGCUAUCGUGUUCUUUUCGACGCAGUUUCGCUCGCACUAUUUCAUUAAUUGUUAGCAGCGGCUUCCUUAUCGUACGUUACGUGAAACGAGCAUCGCAUUCAUAGCAACCAGUGAUACGCAACUAGCACACGACUCAGAAAUGAGGCUCCAUGCAACGUUUGGACUUAUCCUGAUCUGUUGCUAUGCCUUGGCAAUUGAGACGAACGGUUAUCCUCACCAGGGCACAUAUACCAAGCUUGAGGAUGUUCUCGAGGGUUUUAGAGAUAUAAUAAAGACAGGGAACUCAACGCUCGGACUUCCACCCCUCGACCCAUUCCGUAGCGAGAAAAUGCCGAUUAAUAUCGACCUGGAGGAUAUGAUCAAAUUGGACGCGAUCCUUACGAACAUCGACGCGCGAGGCUUGUCCACAUACAAAGUCAACAGUGCCGACUUCCAAAUAAUCGGUAUGAAAGUGAUGGCGAACCUCACAUGGGAACACAUAUACGCGAGCACUGAUUACAACAUGACAGGUCUCAUAGGCGGGGAGAUGCCAGUUUACGGCGAUGGAGCUAUAACCCUGGCCGUUCAAGAUUUCACUUUUAGCCUGGAACUUUCUGUGACAACACAUAAUGAGGUUUAUCUAAAAGUAAAGUCCUUAGAAACAGAUUUUUAUUUGGGCGGACUACUGUUGGACAUAACAGGUUUGUUCCACGAUCCAGAAAUAUCCAAGAUAAUAAGCGACAUGUUCUCGGACAUGAUACCUGAUCUGGUGAAUGAAAAUAAAGAUGAGAUCAAAAGCUACGUACAUCCUGCCGCAAUAGAAAUGAUCGACAACUUUUUGUCCGAUAAAACAAUCUCGGAUAUACUUAAAUGGCUCACUUAAAUCCGCUGUCCGUCGCCGUUUCUCUUCCGUUCGAUUGACAAUUCGUAGUUUCGAAAUAUAUGACAGUCGAUUUUCAGAUACGCGGCAGUGAAAUGUUGACAGACGCGAUUUUAAUUUAUUAGUAUUACGAUAAUGGUACAAUAAGAAAUAACAAGUUUCGAAAGCGACAAGAAUUCAAAUGAUGUCAAUCGAUCAAAACAUACGAUUCGAACUGAUAAUUCAAUCACAUCUCAAUCAAAUGAAUUUGGCGUAUUGGACUCUAAUGUGGAAUGUUAUCAAUUUUCUUAUCUCCGCGCCUUUAUUCUCUUCCCAAACAGCACAAUGUCUAAAAUCGGGUCAUAAGACGUCUUAUGACUCGAUUUUGGAUAUUUGUGCUGCCUUAGUUCUGUUUUCUCAUAUGUUCUUUAAUUAAUGAUUACCGGAAGAGUAGUUAAAUUAUUUAUCCAUUACACGCAUAUAAUAAUCAUAUCUAUCUAUAUAUGUAUAUAUAUAAAUAAAUAAAUGUAUAUAUAUA